UAGUACCAGACGUUGCUUUCGCGGCGGCAGUCCAGCUUGUUCACUUGUACCAACGCAGUUGUUGGAGUUUGGGUGGUGUAUUACGGCACUGUCCCUGAAAGCCCGAGUUCCUACUUCCCAGUAAUGGAGGGGAACGGUACAUGAAAGCCGAGUUGGUACCGACCUGGUUGGUGCAUUGUUGAAAAAGAGUGAUCUUGUUUCUUUUCCGUCUUUCACGUGUCUGUUCAGAAGUAACUGUUUCAGGUGGAUUGAAAAUCAUGCGGCAUUGUCACUAACAAAACAUAGAGGAAUCGAUCUUUGAUAAAGGGUAGAGCUUCUGUUGGUUCUCUCAUAUAGUCUCACACUUCAAACUAGAGCGUCUUAAGAGCAUGGGUGCUUUGACUCAGUUACAAUGCUGAGCUUGUAAGGGUAGCAGCCUGAGGAAGUUCAAACCGAAGUAGCUCUUGCAUUUCUCUGAGAUUCUCAGAAAAUGAAAUUAAGGACAAAACGCCCUGGAUGGAAGUCCCUUGUGCCUCUACAGUUGAGUAGGAAAUCCGCCAUGCGCUUCUUUCUGUUUCCCAAGGUUCAGGCGUCCGGUCAAUCACCAAAUGAUACUCCGGUUUAUCUUAAUGUGUAUGAUUUGACACCCAUGAAUGGCUAUAUAUAUUGGGCAGGCCUUGGUAUAUUUCACUCAGGAAUUGAAGUGCAUGGCGUCGAAUAUGCAUUCGGGGCACAUGAUUAUCCCACAAGCGGGGUAUUUGAGGUAGAGCCUCGUCAAUGCCCUGGUUUCAGAUUCAGGAAGUCAAUAUGUCUUGGUACAACGUGCUUAGAUCCCAUCCAAGUUAGGCAGUUCAUGGAGCUACAGUCAGUAAACUACAAUGGAGAUACUUACCAUCUUAUCAUGAAGAACUGCAACCACUUCUGCAAGGAUAUGUGUUACAAAUUGACUGGCAACAAAAUUCCGAAAUGGGUGAAUCGGCUCGCCAGAAUAGGUGCCAUUUGCAACUGCCUCCUCCCGGAGUCACUCAAGAUCUCCCCGGUCGGCCAUGAUCCAAACAGUCAACCUGAGGAUUCUGAGAAAAGGCGUCUGAGGAAUCCAUUGAGCUGUUUCUCCUCCAUUUCCAGUCAGAGACAGCUUCCCCCUUCUUCCCCAUUCCCGCCAUCACCUGUGAAAGAGCGCCUUCCGAGCUGUUCAUCAAGGAAAUCCAGCACCACAUCACUGAAGAAUAGGUAGCCCCUGUAACUUUUGAUACCAAGUUGGCUAAUCUGGGCAGCGGCGCAUCUAAAGGGGCACUAGAGUGCUGUAGCAAGCUGCUAGUUGUUUUUCUGCUCGGUAUCAGCCUGAUGCUGCUGCUCGAUGUUUGUUUGUAUCAUGUAAUCCCUGUGGAACACAUCCCAAAAGAUCUCAUUUGGGUGUAUGAAUUCAGCUCAGUUGUGCCCACUCCUGUAAUGUGGUGUUAGACCGGCCAGAACGGAUUUGUAUAUUAAUCAUCUAUUCUUUCAGCUGUUCAAGCACCUAUAGCCAAUCA